AUGAAGUUCACGGUAAGAAUCAUCGCUGCCGUAUGCGCCUGGCAGGCUGUCUCCGCACAACAGGUCUCUCGAGACCCGAUUGGUGUUGGACCGACUCCGGAGUUGAUGCAUCUUUACUACGAUGAGUGGCCAACAGGAAUCGCCGUCUCCGCCUCAGGACGGAUGUUCUCAAACUACCCGCUCGGCCUCGAUGCGACAAAUACAAAAUACCAAGUCGCCGAGCUCAAUUCCAACAGUACAGAAACUCCAUACCCGGAUUCCCAAAUCAACAGCCCUCCUGGCGGUGCGAUUGACUACACGAAAUACCCGCCGCAAGCCAAGGGCCUUUCCAACUACCUCAUCGGCGUGCAAAGCGUCGUCAUUGACCCAAAGGACCGUCUCUGGAUCCUGGAUACCGGCCGUGCCCUGACCCCUAAUGGCACCCUCACGACCUCCAACUACGGCGGGCCCAAACUUGUCGGUGUCAAUCUGACCAACAACACAAUCUUCCAAACGAUUCUAUUUCCGCCGAACGUCUCGUAUGCGGACUCCUACCCGAACGACGUACGCUUCGACCUGCGCCCGUCCGUCACCGCCUCAGGUCAGGGCAUAGCGUACAUCACCGACUCCUCGUCCGAAGGGCGCAACGGGAUCAUCAUCGUCGACCUCGGCACGGGCGAGUCAUGGCGCCAUCUCGAGAGUAUCCCCCAAGUCCGUCCCGAGCCAGGCUUCUUCGUGACGGUCUGGGGCGAGCCCGUGUACAGCAACCCGGGCAACGGCCGGCCAAUAUCACGGCUCGCUUUUGGUGCGGAUGGAAUCACGCUCUCGAACGACGGCGAGACUUUGUACUUCAGCGUCGUCUCCGGUCGGCAUUUGUACGCUGUUCCCACGGCUCGAUUGCGCGAUACGAGUGUCACGGGCGAACUUUUCGCGCAGGCGUCCGUCAUGGAUUUGGGCCAGAAGGGGGUGAGUGACGGGCUAGAAAGCGACAGCAAUGGGAUCGUGUACGGCGGGAGUGUCGAGACGGAUUCGAUUUUCGCGUUCAAUCCGGUGAAUGGUACGGUGCAGACGUACGUGCGGGAUCCGAGGAUCGAGUGGACAGACACAUUCUCGACGAGUGGGCAGUAUUUGUAUUUCACGGAGAAUCAACUUUGGAGGGGUCCGGCUCAGCAAGGUGGAGUGGAUAGAAGGGUCAAGCCGUAUGCCUUGUACCGAGUACCGUUGCUGAAUGGGGGCAGUAAGAUCGAGUUGGUCUAG